CAGGCGACCCCAGGCAGUUUCUACUUGAAGCCAGCAGGACACUCUGUGGGGAGAGCUGCAGAGACGUGGAAUUCCAGUGCUGGAAGGCCACGUCCUUUGCUUUUUGGGGUCCUUGAUGACGGCGACGUGUCUGAUGGGACGAGCUCCCGUCCCCCUCCCAGCGCUGAGUGCGGGCUGCGCUGCAGUAAGACGGAUUCGGUACGGGAUCGCAGGAAGCGUGAACGUGACGGGAGACGAAGUGAAGAAACUGGACGUGUUAUCCAAUGCCCUGGUGAUCAACAUGCUCCAGUCCUCCUACAGCACCUGCGUCCUGGUGUCCGAAGAGAAUAAAGAGGCGAUAAUCACGGCCAAGGAGAGGCGGGUGCGUCCUGGGGCUGCAGUGCCCCUGCCGAACAGCAGAUGGUGCCACUGAGCCGGGAAGAGUCUCUGUCUUGCU